CUUGUGGGGUGCACAUGAAACAGACAAGAGCUGAACACCCAACUAACCUGCCAACCGAACACACAAAGCAAGCCUGAAGAGCCCAUGGUUUGGGAAUGAGCAUUCAUAACGUUUCGAACUGUCGAACUGAACUCACUGUGUUAGGCACCGAACAAAUAAAAAGAACAAAAACAAAAAGCCGUCGUGUGUUCGCUCUGGAAGAAAGAAAAAAAUCAUCGCGCACAUUUUGAACAGCCAAGAAACAUAACAAACGAGUUUUAAAUUAUUUAUGUUUUAUGAAAAUUAUUUAAAAAAAUACAACAACAAUAAAAGAUUUGUGUUACAAAAAAUCAUUGAUGAUACAAAAGAAAACUAAAAAUAAUCAUGAAUAUUUAAUUUGUUUAUAAACCCCCAAAAAAACCAAUGUGGAUUUGAUUUGGAUUAACAAACUACAGAGAUAUUGAAUGGAAUCAACAACAAAAAAAUUGAAAAUAAAAAACCCAUAAAAUAAGGGAAUAUUAAGUUUUCAAAACAAUGUUUAAAAAAAUAAUUAAGAAGAAUUUAUUUCUGUUCUAAAUUAUAAAUAUAUAAAAUUGGUGAAAAAAAAUAUUUUUUUGAAGUGAAACAAAAAUUGCAUUUAAAAACGGCUUGAAAAAAAACCAAACCCUGCCGAAAAAAAAUCGCAAGUGACAAGUUAUGAAAACACUUGAAAAACCAGUUAAAUAACCCGAAAAAAUAUUACCCCACAUCUGCAAAAGAGCAAAAGUAUUACCAAAUAACAAACAACAACAGCAACAACAAAAAGAGCUACAACAUUUAAGCCUUCUAUUCCAUUGCAAAGCAUUGGUGUGGGUGUGUAUGUGUAUUGAAAUAGCACAGUGCCUGUGUUUUUAUGUCUGUGCGAGUGUGUGUGUUUUUGCCAAUCAUCUGUUUUGCCAUUGUGUGUUGAAAGGAUUUAUUUAUCAUUCUAACGGAUAUUUGGCAUCUAUCAUCAAGCUACUGUUGGAAUAGAAAGGGGGCAAAAGUCAUUUGACAUAUUGUAUGUCAUCAGCAGCAGCAGCAUCACUUUGUCGCCCGUUUCCCCAUCGUCAUCUACGCUAAUACAACGACAACAACAACAACAUUUGAAUCAAUGCAAAAUGUUGCAAAUUUUUGGAUAACAAUUCUUUAAUAAAACAUAUAUAUAAAUUUAUAAUUUCAACGAAGGACAAUUCCCACUUCAUAAGAUCCUUCAAUACCACCUCUAACAAGAGUUAAAUACAACACCAUCGCCAUUACGAUCUUUACAACACAUUACCAGCAACAUGUCUUCUUCAACGCUCUCCCAACUCUCUCCCACCAUUGUGUUCACCACUCUCCUGCUCUCUUUGCAAAUAUGUCGCAUCGACUGUAAAUCUUCGAAUCUUUUUACACACUUUCAAAAUCAACGUUUUGCCAUGGAACCUCAGGAUCAAACAGCGGUAGUGGGUGCCCGGGUCACCCUGCCCUGUCGUGUCAUAAACAAACAAGGUACCUUACAAUGGACCAAAGAUGAUUUUGGUCUGGGUACAUCUCGUGAUUUGGCCGGCUUUGAACGUUACAGCAUGAUAGGCAGUGAUGAGGAGGGUGAUUAUUCACUGGAAAUAUAUCCAGUAAUGUUGGAUGAUGAUGCUCGUUAUCAGUGUCAAGUAAGUCCAGGGCCUGAAGGCCAGCCAGCUGUGCGUUCAACCUUUGCCAAAAUCACAGUGCUUGUGCCACCCGAAGCCCCGAAAAUUGUUCAGGGUGAGGUCAUUCACACCACCGAAGAUCGCAAGGUGGAUAUUGAAUGUAUAUCGGUGGGUGGCAAGCCGGCAGCGGAAAUUACCUGGAUUGAUGGUUUCGGCAAUGUCAUAACCGAUAACAUAGAUUAUACCAUCAUACCAAUGCCCGAUCUCAGGAGAUAUACAGCCAAAUCGGUUUUGCGUCUCACCCCGAAAAAGGAACAUCACAACACCACCUUCACUUGCCAGGCUCAAAAUACCGCCGAUCGCACCUAUCGUUCGGCUAAAAUUCGUAUUGAUGUGAAAUAUGCUCCCAAGGUGACGGUCAAUGUGAUAGGAGGUGCUGUGGGCAAUGGCCGUAUCUUGGAACACUCUCAGGUGCGUUUGGAAUGCAAAUCGGAGGCAAAUCCCAGUGAUGUACGCUAUAAAUGGUACAUUAAUGAUGAGCCCAUUAGUGGGGGACAAAAAACCGAAAUGAUUAUUCGGAAUGUUACCCGGAAAUUCCAUGAUGCCAUUGUCAAGUGUGAGGUGCAGAAUUCCAUUGGCAAAAGUGAGGAUAGCGAGACUUUGGACAUUAGCUAUGGUCCCACCUUUAAAGAGAAACCCAGAUCCAUUGAAUCUGACAUUGGCAGUGUGGUAACCCUAAACUGUGAGGUUGAUGGUAACCCCACGCCAGAUAUUGUUUGGAUACAACAUCCCAUUGAUAGGGUUGUUGGUUCCAGUUCCAAUUUAACCUUCAGUGUCACCAAUGAAACCGCCGGCCGUUAUUACUGCAAAGCCAAUGUCCCUGGCUAUCCAGAAAUAUCCGCUGAUGCCUAUGUCUAUUUGAAAGGUUCACCCACAAUCUCAUCGGCCCGCACUCAAUACGGUUUGAUGGGUGAUACAGCGCGUAUUGAAUGUUUUGCCACAUCGGUGCCAAGGGCUCGCCAUGUCUCAUGGACUUUUAAUGGCCAUGAAAUUAGUUCCGAAAUGGGUCACGACUACUCCAUAUUGGUUGAUGCCGUUCCCGGUGGUGUUAAGUCAACGCUGAUCAUUCGGGAUAGUCAGUCGUAUCAUUAUGGCAAAUACAAUUGCACCGUGGUCAAUGAUUAUGGCAAUGAUGUGGCGGAAAUUAAUUUACAGGCUCAAAAAAGUGUCCCCCUACUGAUGACCAUUGUUGGCGGUAUCUCGGCCGUGGCGUUGCUCAUGAUCAUCACUAUUUUGGUCAUUGUAUAUUUCAAGUGUAAAAAACGCUCCAAACUUCCACCAGCCGAUGUCAUUAGCGAACAUCAAAUCACCAAAAACGGCGGUGUGGGCUCGUGCAAAAUGGAACCCGGUGAUCGUACCUCCAACUAUAGUGAUCUCAAAGUUGAUAUAUCCGGUGGCUAUGUACCGUAUGGUGAUUACACCACUCAUUACAGCCCCCCGCCCCAAUACCUCACCACAUGUUCGACCAAAUCGAACGGCAGCUCUACAAUUAUACAAAACAAUCACCAAAAUCAUUUGCAACAACAAAUGCAGCAACAACAACACCAACAAACCCUGCCCAUGACAUUUUUAACAAACGUUAAUGGCAGCAGUAGUUUAGCUGGCAGUAUAAUUACCGCCCGUGAUAUACGACAAGAUAAUGGACUUCCUAGCCUACAAUCGACCACAGCUUCGGUGGUUAGUUCAUCGCCCAACGGCAGCUGUAGCAAUCAGAGUACAGCAACACAUGUUGUUGCCGCAUCGUCGUCGGCGACACCAGCAUCCGCUGUCGAUCCACGUUUCAGUGCCAUCUAUGGUAAUCCCUAUUUAAGAUCAUCGAAUUCGUCGCUGCUGCCACCACCCACAGCUGUAUAAGAAGCCCAAAGGGGAUUUAGGAUUUUGUUUGUAUGUAUGAGAUUUUGUUUAUAAGAAAACAAAAACAAUUGAAGUAAGUGUAGUAGAACAAAGACUGAAAUUUGUGUAUAUAUGUGUAAAACCAAUCAACGACAACUACAUACAUAAUAAGUAGGUGAGAUUUCGUCGUGGAAAACCUGUUAAUGGAUUUGUGAAGUCUGUGGUGACAAGGGGGGCUAUGAAAUGUGGGGAAAAUGGAAAAUCCAAUAAGGGAGACUACAAUUUAACCAGACCCUGAUUUCGAGAGACCCAUUUAGGUCAUGAAAAAAUUAGUUGUCAAAUUGAAAAAAUCGAGGUUUCCGUAAAACAAAAUUCAAGAGGCAUAUUUGGCCUGUCAUCUUCUAAGUUUAAACAGUUUUAUAUCUAAAGACCUGUAGCAAAUCGUUGAACAAAAUUGCAAAGUAAUGGCGUCUAAGAAUAGUGUCGGAGUAUUUAAUUAAAAAAUAUUUUUUUGAAGUCUUACCUAACAAGAAGUGGCGUCCAAUGCAUUGGAUGGACUAGCUGAAUUCUAAACGGGCAUUCAUAUUUAGUGGUUAUUGAUGUUAUGACACUGACACUCGAGCUUACGCUCGAUGACAGACUAAAACGGCGCCCAACGAUGAUUGCUUAGUGCGUUGGUGCGUGAAGAUAAGAGAUUUUUUAAUAGUGACAUCACUUCAGAGAAAUCUUUGAAAAAAGAAAAUAAAAGUACUAGUACCAAGAAGUGGCGCCCAACGUGUUAUCACUCCUCCAGAUAAUUGUUUUUCAGUUCGACAGGAUCUCAAAGAUGUCAAUGUAUGGUACAUAGAAUGAUUCAAGCGUCAUCAAAUAAGCAAACAAGACAUUGUCAUGAAAUGGCGCCCAACGUGAAAAUCUGCAUUGAUGGAUGGUAACUUUGGUUUGAUUCAAUGCAAUUUCCUAAUGGGUAGCCAUACGACUGAAGGAAAGUUAUCGGAAUACUUAAGACAAAAAAAUAACGCUCAACGUGGCUCUAGACCAAUUUCUCUUAUUUGAAGGAAUUUUGAAUGGGAAUUGGACAGUAAAAUGCAAUGAUCAGGAAAUGGCGCCCAACGCGGAUUGGGUGAUUGGUAAAGUUUGUUCCAAUUUUGUUCAGUCUGAAUCUAGGCUAGUAGAAAAUGUUGUUAUGAUUCGUCUGACGUUUUAGGCGAACCCUAAUACCAUGACGUAAUUUAUAUGGCGCCCAAUGAACCAAUUCAUAUUUUUGAGCGAACCUUUUUCUUUUUAUUCAGCAACAUUUAAUAGUACAACGAAUAAUCAAUUUUGAGUCAUGAAACAUUGUUUCAAUGCACAGACAAAAAUGACGCCCAACAAAGGGAUCUUUUUUCCGAGCGCAAAAAGAUGUUUUUUUAUAAAAAAAUGCAGUACCCAAAGGCCAGUUGUCAUACUUAAAAUUAAUUUUCGUACAUAAAACUUGUUGAUCAUGGUGCUAAUUAGAUGUGGCGCCUAACAUUAAAACGUGCAUUCACAUAAAAUGGCGCCCAAUCAGUCGAACUGUAAAAUUAGUAUUUCGUUGAAAAUCAACCUCUUUCUGCUCCCCAAAGUAAAUAUUUCAAGUUUUGUUUUUCAAACUCUCCCCACAGAAUGCUUUUGGAAAAGAAUCCAUUAACAAGUGCCGCUGAUGAAUAGUCGUAUAUUACUAAAAUUUUAACGAAAAACUGAUCAAAGACUUAAAUAAACCGGUAGUAUUGUAUCUAUCAAUCAAUGUCCUCUUUCAAUAGCCACAAAAUAGUAACAAAACAAAGUCAUUUCCGGUACAAUUU